AUGAACGCGGUCGUCUUUAAGGGUGUGGAGAAGGGCGUUGUUGUGGAAAAGAGGCCUAUUCCUAAGGCUGAGCCGGGGAGCGUGGUCGUUAAGGUGCGGUACGCAGGGCUGUGUGGGAGUGACCUCCACACCUACCGUGGUAUCGAGCCUGCCGGCGAGAACCCUGACUUCAUCAUGGGCCACGAGCUCACCGGCGUCAUUGCUGAGGUUGGUGAGGGCGUGAAGAAUUUCCAGGUUGGAGACAGGGUUGUUUGCCCCUUUACUAUCAGCUGUGGAGAAUGCUUCUACUGCAAGCUUGACCUCUCAUCUCGUUGCGUCAAGUCGCAAUGCUUUGGCACUCCGGGUCUGCCCGGAGCUCAGGCCGAGUACGUUCGCAUCCCCCUCGCCGACUCGACUGUCUUCAACGCACCCGACGGCAUCAAGGACCAGAACCUGAUCCUCAUGGCCGACAUCUUUCCACUCCUCCUCGCCCCACCCACGCAGUACUUCGCCGCCUCCAACGCCACGGCGCGCCUCCCCGCCGGGCUCCCGCACGCCCCCACCGCCGCCGUCAUCGGCUGCGGCCCCGUCGGCCUCUGCGCGCUCGUCUCGCUCCGCCACCUCCUCGGCCCCGCCGCGCGCCUCUUCGCCGUCGACAGCAACGGCGCGCGGCUGGCCCGGGCCGCGUCCGUCGCCGGCGCCACCCCGCUCAACUUCCGCGAGAUGCCCCCGGGCGUCGCCGUCGCCGACGCCAUCAGGGCCGCCACGCCCGGCGGCCGCGGCGCCGACGCCGCGCUCGAGCUCGUCGGCGUCGAGGACGCGCUGCGCACCGCGUUCGAGGCCGUGCGCCCGUUCGGCGUCGUGAGCUCCGUCGGCGUGCACAACGGGCCCGCGGGCGUGGGCUUCACCGGCGCCGAGGGCUACGACAAGAACGUGCAGCUGGUCAUGGGGAGGUGUCCGGUGCGAUCGCUGUUCCCGCGCGCGCUGGAGGUGUUGAGGGCGAAUGAGGGGGCGGUGGAGUGUUUGACGGAGAAUGUGGUCCCGCUGAGUGGGGCGGUCGAGGCGUAUGAGAGGUUUGAGAGGGGGGAGGUGCAGAAGUUUGUGUUUAAGGCGGAUGAGUGA